AUGAUUACCCCCUCAGGAUCAUCAAGAUCCAAACGCCGUCGGACGUCGCCACAAAACACCACCGCGGCCAGUACCCGUCGCAAGCGGGUCCGUGACACGGCCGACCAUCGAGCUCAUCCAGCUACAGGGAAUAACAACGACACCAACAAUAAGGAUCCCUCAAUCCAACCUGAGAUAACCUCAACCAACGAUUCACAACCCACGCCCUCCACACAAAAACCAACAUCAUCCGGUGGUGCAUCCGCAAUCCUAGCACGAUACAAAGCAUGGCGAAAAGCAGGAGCACCGCAUGAUCUGCGCUGCUUCGAAUGUUACCAGGAAGGAGGAACUCCGGGUCUAGGAAACCUGGAUCCCUGCCCGACCUGUCGUCUAGUCUAUCAUGAGGCGUGUAAGCCGCAAGACGGCUGUUGGGUGUCAUCGCAGCCGCAAGGACCGCAGCAAGAUGAUGUGCCCCUUCGGCGAUGGUUUUGUCCUAUUUGCGUGAAUCGCGGAUGGCAUGUUACGCCGCCGGUGUUGACGCCGCCUCAAUCGCCUGUCUUGAGGCCGGUGACUCCUGCUCCUGUUCCUGCGGCUGUUGUUCCAGUGUGCGAGGGUGGUUUGCGCGCGGAGAAUGUCGAAGCGACAAGUUGUACUGCGGACAGUGGCAAAGGUCGACAGAUCGAUACAGAUACGGAGAAAGAAAAGGCAACAGACGCAAGCAGACGGAAAUCGCGGUUCGAUACGCUUUCGCCGCAGGUCGAGUCUGCGCUGUGGGUUCUCUACCGCGAGCUAGAAAGCGUGCCUCUAGCGCAGCGACGGAUCGCGAACCUAGAGAAUGAAAUGGCGCAGCUACGGCAGGAGGUCAGAAUUCAGCGGAAUGAAAUUGAGUUGACGCGAGCGAGUGGCUCGCAGGUGCGAGUACUGCGAGAGGAGGUGCAGAGGCUGAAGAUGGAAUUGGCGAGUCGAGACGCAGCUGUGGAGGAGGCUGAGGGUUUAAAGGCGCGAAAUAGCGAUCUUGAGGUGGAGUUGGGGCGUUCGCGUGCUGAGGUGGAAGAAAGUGCUAGGACUCUGGCUGAGUGGAAGAAGAAAUUGUCGAGUUUGAUUGGGGAGUAA